UUCUCUUUUUGUGCGGAUACUGCAGUAGUCUCAAUCAUUUAUAGUGUGCCGGUAGCGUGGGUUUCGUUUACUGCUGUCACUUGUUACAAAAUGGAUCCUGGAGGUAGUGGAGGAGAUGAUGUGUCGUCCGCCUUAGAGGUGGCUUCCACGGUGCAGAAUGUGGCUGAUGUUUCAAUGCUUCAGAAGCAUAUCCGUAAAUUAGUGCCACUGUUACUGGAAGAUGGCGGCGAGACACCCGCCGCCCUGGAAACUGCUUUGGAAGAAAAGAGUGCCUUGGAGCAGAUGAGAAAAUUCUUGUCUGAUCCCCAGAUUCACACUAUUUUGGUGGAAAGAACGAAUUUGAAAGAGGAUGUUGGUGAUGAAGGUGAGGAGAAAGAAUAUACUUCAUAUAGUAUCAGUAUUGAUAUUCACUAUGGACUUAAGUCAAAUAGUUUGGCAUUUAUUAAAAGAACUCCCGUUCUUGAUGCAGAUAAGACCAUCUCUUCUCAGCUUAGAGUCCUUACCCUCAGUGAAGAUUCUCCCUAUGAAACUUUGCAUUCCUUCAUUAGUAAUGCAGUGGCACCAUUCUUCAAGUCGUAUAUCAGAGAAUCUGGCAAGGCAGACAGGGAUGGUGACAAAAUGGCUCCAUCUGUUGAGAAAAAGAUUGCUGAACUGGAAAUGGGACUUCUACACCUACAGCAGAACAUAGAGAUUCCGGAGAUUAGCUUGCCUAUUCAUCCAGUGAUUACCAAUAUAGCCAAACAAUGCUAUGAACGUGGAGAGAAACCGAAAGUGACUGAUUUUGGUGACAAAGUUGAAGAUCCAACCUUUCUGAAUCAGUUGCAGUCUGGUGUUAACAGAUGGAUCAGAGAAAUACAAAAGGUGACUAAACUUGACAGGGAUCCUGCAUCGGGUACUGCCUUGCAAGAAAUAAGUUUCUGGCUUAACUUGGAACGUGCCUUAUACCGCAUUCAGGAGAAGAGAGAGAGUCCUGAAGUCCUCUUGACUUUAGAUAUACUGAAGCAUGGCAAACGUUUUCAUGCUACUGUCAGCUUUGAUACAGACACUGGUCUGAAGCAGGCACUGGAAACAGUAAAUGACUACAAUCCUUUAAUGAAGGACUUUCCAUUGAAUGACUUGCUGUCUGCAACAGAACUGGACAAAAUAAGGCAGGCGUUGGUUGCAAUCUUCAGCCAUCUGAGAAAGAUUCGAAUAAAUAAGUACCCUGUUAUGAGAGCAGUGCUUUUAGUAGACGCUCUAGUUCACGAUUUAUCCCGGGGUCUUCUCAAAGUCUUGGGGCUACAGCCACUACUACAGCUUUCUUACGAGGAGUUUGAGUUUGUUAUGGUAGCAUGCUUUGAAGUCUUCCAGACAUGGGAUGAUGAAUAUGAAAAACUUCAGGUGUUGCUACGUGAUAUUGUUAAGAGAAAAAGAGAAGAAAAUUUGAAGAUGGUGUGGCGCAUUAAUCCAGCCCACCGCAAGUUGCAGGCUCGUCUUGAUCAAAUGCGCAAAUUCAGACGUCAGCAUGAACAGUUGAGAGCAGUUAUUGUCAGAGUCCUCAGACCUCAGGUCACAGCUGUUAUUCAACAAUCUCAAGGAGAUGCACCUGAACCACAGGACAUGAAAGCUGCUGAAGUCCUCUUUGAUGCAGCUGAUGCAAAUGCCAUUGAAGAAGUUAAUCUUGCAUAUGAAAAUGUCAAAGAAGUGGAUGGGCUAGAUGUUUCUAAGGAGGGUACAGAAGCAUGGGAGGCAGCCUUGAAACGCUAUGAAGAGCGAAUUGAUAGGGUUGAGACUCGCAUCACAGCUCGUCUUAGAGAUCAGCUUGGCACUGCAAAGAAUGCCAAUGAGAUGUUUAGAAUUUUCUCACGAUUUAAUGCUUUGUUUGUAAGACCUCACAUCAGAGGAGCUAUUCGUGAGUAUCAGACUCAGUUGAUACAGCGUGUAAAAGAUGACAUUGAAUCUCUUCAUGAUAAAUUCAAAGUACAGUAUCCCCAAAGCCAGUCUUGUAAAAUGAGUCAUGUACGUGACUUGCCACCAAUUUCUGGUUCUAUCAUCUGGGCAAAACAGAUUGACAGACAGCUUACAGCUUAUAUGAAACGUGUGGAAGAUGUACUGGGAAAAGGUUGGGAAAAUCAUGUUGAGGGGCAAAAGUUAAAGCAAGAUGGAGACAGUUUCCGCAUGAAACUGAACACACAAGAAAUUUUUGAUGAUUGGGCUAGGAAGGUGCAACAGCGUAACCUCGGUGUAUGUGGCCGCAUCUUCACAAUUGAAAGCACUCGUGCCAGAGGCAAAAGUGGAAAUGUGUUAAAAUUAAAAGUGAACUUUCUUCCUGAGAUCAUAACUCUUUCUAAGGAAGUCAGAAACUUGAAAUGGCUUGGCUUUCGUGUUCCACUUGCUAUUGUCAACAAAGCACAUCAGGCAAACCAGCUUUAUCCAUUUGCUAUAUCUCUCAUUGAAAGUGUUCGUACUUAUGAGCGUACCUGUGAGAAGGUGGAAGAACGUAGUUCAAUCUCCUUGCUGGUUGCAGGCUUGAAGAAAGAAGUGCAGGCUUUAAUUUCAGAAGGCAUAGUUCUGGUGUGGGAAUCCUACAAGCUGGACCCUUAUGUGCAACGGCUGGCAGAAACUGUCUUCAACUUUCAGGAAAAGGUUUCUGACCUUUUGGUAAUGCGAGAGCUGAUACAGCUGCAAAGCAGGCAGCUUCAGAAGUGUAUACAUAAUCAUCAAGGAUACCUACACCUCCAGUCCAGAGUAAAAAAUAAUCCAAAUUCCAUAAACAUUAAUAUCAUAAGUGCAUUCAGUAUCUGGAUGCACAAAUUAGACAUUGAGAUUGAAAGGAUACUAGGAGUUCGUCUUCAAGCUGGACUGCGAGCUUGGACCCAGGUUCUUCAAGGGCAAACUGAAGACAAGGCAGAUGUUGAUAUGGAUACAGAUGCUCCACAAGCCAGCCACAAGCCUGGUGGGGAACCUAAAAUUAAGAAUGUUGUGCAUGAACUGAGGAUAACCAAUCAAGUGAUAUACUUGAAUCCACCAAUUGAAGAUUGUAGGUACAAGCUCUAUCAAGAAAUGUUUGCCUGGAAAACUAUCAUCUUAUCUUUGCCUAGAAUUCAGAGUCAGAGAUAUCAGGUGGGAGUUCAUUAUGAACUUUCUGAGGAAGAGAAGUUCUAUCGAAAUGCACUGACUAGGAUGCCUGAUGGUCCUGCUGCCUUACAUGAAGCUUAUUCAGCUGUAAUGGGAAUAGUGUCUGAAGUUGAGAAAUAUGUUAAGGUGUGGCUGCAGUAUCAGAGUCUGUGGGAUAUGCAACCAGAAAAUAUCUACAAUCGUCUAGGAGAUGAUCUCAACAAGUGGCAGCUCUUGCUUGUUGAAAUUAGGAAAGCCAGAGGAACAUUUGACAAUGCAGAAACACGAAAAGAGUUUGGGCCAGUAGUCAUUGAUUAUGGAAAGGUCCAGUCAAAAGUAAAUCUAAAGUAUGAUUCUUGGCACAAAGAGGUGCUCAGCAAAUUUGGGCAGAUGCUUGGCCAAAACAUGCAAGAGUUCCACUCUCAAAUCUCAAAGUCUCGGCAAGAAUUGGAACAACACUCUGUGGAUACAGCAAGCACUUCAGAUGCAGUCACAUUUAUCACUUACGUUCAGUCACUGAAACGGAAGAUCAAACAGUUUGAAAAACAAGUUGAUCUUUAUCGAAAUGGCCAGAGAUUACUUGAAAAGCAAAGAUUUCAGUUUCCUUCAUCUUGGCUGUACAUUGAUAACAUUGAGGGAGAGUGGGGAGCAUUCAAUGAUAUUAUGCGCAGGAAGGACACUGCUAUCCAGCAGCAAGUGGCUAACUUGCAGAUGAAAAUUGUUCAGGAAGAUCGAGCAGUAGAGAGCCGUACUAUUGAUCUUUUGGCUGAUUGGGAAAAGACAAAACCAGUGGCUGGAAACCUGCGUCCAGAAGAUGCACUUCAGGCUUUAACCAUUUAUGAAGGCAAGUUCGGUAGAUUAAAGGAUGAUCGAGAAAAAUGCGCAAAAGCCAAAGAAGCUCUAGAACUUACAGAUACUGGUUUGCUGAGUGGUAGUGAAGAACGCGUGCAGGUUGCACUAGAAGAGCUGCAGGAUCUCAAGGGUGUCUGGUCUGAGCUAUCCAAAGUCUGGGAACAGAUUGAUCAAAUGAAGGACCAGCCGUGGGUUUCUGUACAGCCACGCAAGCUUCGCCAGAGUUUGGAUAACUUGUUGAAUCAGCUGAAGAACUUCCCUGCCCGACUGCGCCAGUAUGCUUCCUAUGAAUAUGUUCAAAGGCUACUGAAGGGUUAUUUGAAGAUAAACAUGUUGGUGAUAGAGCUGAAGUCUGAGGCUUUGAAAGACCGUCAUUGGAAGCAGCUGAUGAAGAGGCUUCAUGUUAACUGGGUUUUGUCUGAGCUGACCUUAGGGCAAGUUUGGGAUGUUGAUUUGCAGAAGAAUGAAGCAAUUGUUAAAGAUGUUCUUUCUGUAGCCCAAGGAGAGAUGGCUCUGGAAGAGUUCUUGAAACAGAUACGAGAAGUGUGGAAUGCCUAUGAACUGGACUUGGUUAACUAUCAGAACAAGUGUCGCCUCAUCCGUGGCUGGGAUGAUCUUUUCAAUCGUGUGAAAGAACACAUAAACAGUGUGUCUGCCAUGAAGCUUUCUCCAUAUUACAAGGUAUUCGAGGAGGAUGCUCUUAGCUGGGAGGAUAAACUGAAUCGCAUUAUGGCUCUGUUUGAUGUUUGGAUUGACGUCCAGAGACGCUGGGUCUACCUUGAGGGCAUUUUCACAGGUAGCGCUGACAUCAAGCAUUUGCUUCCAGUUGAAACGCAGAGGUUCCAGAGCAUCAGUACAGAAUUUCUGGCCCUCAUGAAAAAAGUAUCAAAGUCGCCUCUUGUGAUGGAUGUUUUAAAUAUCCAGGGAGUGCAGCGAUCUCUCGAGAGAUUGGCAGAUUUGCUUGGCAAGAUCCAGAAAGCUUUGGGAGAAUAUCUAGAAAGGGAAAGAUCAUCCUUUCCUCGAUUUUAUUUUGUUGGUGAUGAAGACUUGCUUGAAAUAAUUGGUAACAGCAAGAAUGUCCCAAAGCUUCAAAAACACUUCAAGAAGAUGUUUGCUGGUGUUUCUAGCAUUAUCCUGAAUGAGGACAGCUCCAUUGUCUUGGGCAUCUCUUCAAGGGAAGGAGAAGAGGUAAUCUACAAAACACCUGUAUCGAUCACUGAUCAUCCCAAAAUCAAUGAAUGGCUAACACUGGUGGAGAAAGAAAUGAGAGUCACUCUGGCCAAACUUUUGGCUGAAUCUGUCACAGAGAUUGAAGGCUUUGGCAAGGGAACAUCAAUUGACCCUGCUGAGUACAUAGUUUGGGUUGAUAAAUAUCAGAUCACAGAAUUAGUGCAUCAAAGAGAUGUCACAAGAGUAUUGAUAAAAAGCAAGAUUGAUAACCCCAAAUCAUUUGAGUGGCUUCGUCAGAUGAGAUUUUACUUUGAUCCCAAACAGACAGAUGUGCUACAACAGCUUUCCAUACAGAUGGCAAAUGCCAAAUUCAACUAUGGUUUUGAAUACCUUGGUGUCCAGGAUAAGCUGGUGCAGACUCCCCUCACUGACAGAUGUUACUUGACUAUGACACAGGCGUUGGAAGCACGUCUUGGAGGAUCUCCAUUUGGUCCUGCUGGUACAGGAAAAACUGAAUCCGUUAAAGCACUUGGUCACCAGCUUGGCCGUUUUGUGCUAGUCUUUAACUGUGAUGAAACCUUUGACUUCCAGGCUAUGGGUCGAAUUUUUGUGGGUCUUUGCCAAGUGGGAGCCUGGGGAUGUUUUGAUGAAUUUAAUCGACUUGAGGAAAGAAUGCUUUCUGCUGUCUCUCAGCAGGUCCAAUGUAUCCAGGAGGCAUUACGUGAGCACUGCAACCCUGCUCGAGAGAGGGAUUCAAUUAUUACAUGUGAACUACUGAACAAACAAGUGAAAGUAAGCCCUGACAUGGCUAUUUUCAUUACCAUGAAUCCUGGCUACGCUGGAAGGUCUAACUUGCCAGAUAACUUGAAAAAACUGUUUCGCAGCUUGGCAAUGACCAAACCUGAUAGACAGCUGAUUGCUCAAGUUAUGCUUUAUUCUCAAGGCUUUCGAACUGCAGAAAUUCUUGCCAACAAGAUUGUGCCAUUCUUCAAACUGUGUGAUGAACAGCUGUCUUCUCAGAGUCACUAUGAUUUUGGUUUGCGAGCUCUGAAGAGUGUUUUAGUGAGUGCAGGUAAUGUGAAGAGAGAGAGGAUUCAGAAAAUAAAAAGGGAGAAGGAAGAACGUGGUGAGGUUCUUGAUGAAGGCGCUAUUGCUGAAAACCUUCCAGAACAAGAGAUUUUGAUCCAGAGUGUUUGUGAAACAAUGGUACCAAAGCUGGUUGCUGAAGACAUUCCUCUGCUCUUUAGUCUGCUGUCUGAUGUUUUCCCUGGUGUUCAAUAUCACCGUGGGGAAAUGACUGCACUUCGGGAAGAGCUUAAGAAAGUUUGCCUGGAAAUGUACCUUACCUAUGGUGAUGGAGAAGAAAUUGGUGGAAUGUGGGUAGAAAAGGUAUUACAGCUUUAUCAGAUUACGCAAAUCAAUCAUGGCUUGAUGAUGGUGGGACCUUCAGGCAGUGGAAAAAGCACAGCUUGGAGGGUGUUGCUGAAGGCACUGGAGAGGCUGGAAGGUGUAGAAGGUGUGGCACACAUCAUUGAUCCUAAGGCAAUUAGCAAGGAUCAUUUGUAUGGUACUCUGGAUCCAAACACCAGGGAGUGGACUGAUGGCUUGUUCACACAUGUACUAAGAAAAAUAAUUGACAACGUCCGAGGUGAGUUGCAGAAACGUCAGUGGAUUGUGUUUGAUGGUGAUGUAGAUCCCGAAUGGGUUGAAAACUUAAACUCUGUGUUGGAUGACAACAAGCUGCUUACACUGCCUAAUGGAGAACGUCUGAGCCUUCCACCUAAUGUUCGCAUCAUGUUUGAAGUACAAGAUCUGAAGUACGCCACACUGGCCACAGUGUCCCGUUGUGGUAUGGUGUGGUUUAGUGAAGAUGUUCUUAGUACUGAUAUGAUUUUCAACAACUUCCUGGCCAGGUUGAAAAGCAUUCCUCUUGAUGAAGGUGAAGAGGAGGCACAGCGUAGACGUAAGGGUAAAGAAGAUGAAUCUGAGGAAACAUUUUCUCCAAUGUUGCAGAUUCAGCGAGAUGCUGCAAACAUUUUGCAGCCAUACUUUACUUCAGGUGGCUUGGUUAUCAAAGCCCUUGAGCAUGCAUCUAAGUUGGAGCAUAUUAUGGAUUUCACAAGACUGCGUUGCCUAGGAUCUUUAUUUUCCAUGUUACAUCAGGCAUGCCGGAACAUCGCUCAGUACAAUGCUAAUCAUCCUGACUUUCCUAUGCAAAUUGAGCAGCUGGAGCACUAUAUUCAGAAAUACCUUGUGUAUGCCAUACUGUGGUCUUUAGCUGGUGACAGUCGAUUGAAGAUGAGAGCAGAACUUGGUGAAUACAUAAGAAGGGUUACAACUAUUCCACUACCUUCUGCACCAAAUAUUCCAAUUAUUGAUUAUGAGGUGUCCAUUGCUGGUGAAUGGGUUCCAUGGCAAUCUAAAGUUCCUCAAAUUGAAGUCGAGACUCACAAAGUUGCUGCUCCUGAUGUUGUAGUGCCAACACUGGAUACAGUCCGACAUGAAGCUUUGCUGUAUACUUGGUUAGCAGAACACAAGCCUUUGGUUCUCUGUGGUCCUCCUGGUUCUGGCAAAACAAUGACUUUGUUCAGUGCGCUUCGCGCUCUGCCAGAUAUGGAGGUUGUUGGUUUGAACUUCUCCAGUGCAACUACUCCAGAGUUACUUUUGAAAACAUUUGAUCAUUACUGUGAGUACAGAAGGACUCCCAAUGGUGUUGUUCUGGCUCCUGUGCAGCUUGGUAAAUGGCUGGUUCUGUUCUGUGAUGAAAUCAACUUGCCUGACAUGGACAAAUAUGGAACUCAGAAAGUUAUCUCUUUCAUUAGACAGAUGGUAGAACAUGGUGGUUUCUAUCGUACAUCUGACCAGACCUGGGUAAAAUUAGAAAGAAUUCAGUUUGUUGGUGCUUGUAACCCUCCUACUGAUCCUGGAAGGAAACCUCUUUCCCACAGUCUUAUGGAAGCUACCAAACCGGCACCAGGCAAGGAUGCGGAGCCGGUUAACCAUGCUACCACGAGCAAUCGUUGUUCAAAGAAGGAAAUUGUGCUUACUGUCGACUCAAGUAUUGACACAGAUAUUCCAAAUGGUCAACACAGUCCGGAUAAUAGUUUAUCCGGCACUCGACACGAGUCGCUUGAAAUGAUCCAGACUGAGGACAAAUUCAUAUUAUCUCCAGAAAAGGAUUUUACAUUUGAUUUCAGCAUGCUGCACAAUCGUUUGGACUUGGAGAGAAAAGGGGCCAAACCAAAGACUCAUACAGUGCUUAAAACAUACGCAACAGCUGGCAGAAAGGAUAUGUGCACUACAAAAGGUACUUUUAAAAAGAGUAGUUCGAGUCCUAAUAAGGACGCUUUCUAUAAAUUGACUUCUGAUAACAAAAGUAGUAGAAGUAAAGAUGUAGGUAUUGAGAAUGAUGUUUUCAAUCAAUUUUUAAAUAAUGAUUAUGAUUUUAAUAAUGUAUAUCAGACACCUCACCCCCAAGUGGGGAACACAAGUAAUUCUCUUAAAGACAUGAUUUAUAAUUUUGGCAAAAAGUUGUCAUAUAUUAAAAACAUAAAGGUCGACAAUGCAUAUUUGAAUAAGUGUAUAAGCAUUCAAGUUGUUCCAAAGGGCAUUAGAUUUUUUAAAUUGCCUAUGGGCUUGGUAUUUAAUGACCAAGUUAAGUAUGAAUUUAACAAUUUGUUUGAUGAAUUUGGGUUUAAAUACAUGAAUUUGUUAAUACAACAUAACGAUGAAAAAAUGUCAACUCUUAUCCAUGAAGUGGAAAUAAUUAAUCAAAGCAUAUUACAACACAGUGAAUUCAAUUCAUGGAAGGAUUUGUAUAAUAAACAAUUUCAUCUAGCUGACAAACAAGCUCAGAGCACUUUUAAUAGAAAAUAUGAUUUUACUAUUAAAGAAGAAUUUUAUAAAUUAUUAGCUAAAGGCAUGAAGUUUAUUCCAAAUACCAGAUUCAAUCUUGUUGAUAGUAUCAAAGACAUAAAGAUAUUUUGUAGAAAGUUGAAUUUAGCUAUGCAAUUUAAUAGAGGUGAAGAUGACAGACAACAUAUAGAUGGUAUUUUAAAGAGAAAAAGUAGUUAUAUACCCAUUAGUAACCCCACAGUUAGCAAUUAUGAAAACAUGGUUUGUAAUGACAUUUAUAGGUUCAAUAAGCAUGUUAUAAGAAAUAAUCAACAGUCACAUUUAUCUAAGGACAACCUAAGUAUAGGAGAAAGAGAAUGUUUGAAUGAAUUGAUUAAAAAUCCUGACAUUAGAAUAAUGAAACCAGACAAAGGGGGAGGGGUGGUUAUCUUUUCGAAUCAUGAAUAUAAAGCUGCUAUUCAUAAGAUUCUAUACGAAUCAGGCAAUUAUGAAGUGAUAUCUAUGAACCAAGUACAUAUUGGAUAUAGACGCAUAGAUUUAUCCAUCGAAGAAUAUUUGUUGGAUAAUAGAAUUACUAAGGAUGUCUAUAAUUUUAUUCGUACAGAAUUUCCCACGUUGGCUCAUAUAGUGGGAAUUCCUAAGAUUCAUAAAUCAAUAACCAAUCCACCCUUUAGACCUAUUAUUUCUGGGUCCAAAUCUAAAACUUUUAAUAUAGGUUAUACUAUAGAUAGAUGGGUCAAUAUCCCACAUCUCAUGAUUGAUUCAUGGGAUUUUUUGGGUAAAUUAACACCUUUGGUGUGUAAGUCAGAAUAUAUUUUUGUCACGAUAGAUGUUUGUGACCUGUUUUCUAGUAUUCCCAAAGAAGAGGGUUUAGACCACUUUUGUAAUAGCCUGAGAAAUUAUUCUAGUCUAAGUUGGGACAGGAUUGUACUUAUUUUAGAUAUGAUGUCAUUGGUACUGGACCAUAAUUAUAUUUCAUUUGAAAGAGAAGUCUUUAGACAGAAUAAAGGAGUGGCUAUGGGUGCGUCUUGCGCACCCAUUUUUGCAAAUUUAGUCAUGUUAGACUGGGAGACUAAGUAUGUUUUUAACAGUGUAUAUAAAGCAAAUAUAAUUUUUUAUGCAAGAUUUUUAGACGAUAUUUUUGUUUUAUGGAAGGGUGAUAAGGAAGAUAUAGUCAAAUUUGUAGAGUAUAUUAAUACUACCACAGAGUUUUUAAAAUUCACUUUUAAUAACAGUGAUAGUGGUAUAUCUUAUUUGGACACUUACAUCUACAAGACAGCAGAUGGAUUUGCAUCCAAGGUUUACAGAAAGCCAACUUUUUCAAAUGAUUAUGUUUUCUUUACCAGUAAUCAUCCACGACAUAUUUUCAAGAAUAUUGACACUGCCAAUUAUGUUUUUAAAAAAAGAAGCACUUUUUCACCUACACUACCAUCAGAUAUAGAGUGCUUCGUAAGAAUGUGUGAGAAGGAUUUUUACACUUUAUAUGCUGCUAAAUAUGUGAAAAACAGAUUUUUUAACUUAGAUAAAGCAGAAUAUGAUUCUUUGAACAAUUUAAAAUCAAACAGAGAGUUAGUGAUUACCAACGCGGACAAGGGAGGGGGAAUAGUAGUGUUGGAUAGACAUGAAUAUUUAAUUAACAUAGAGAAUAGUCUACAACAGAAUAAAACAUAUCAAGAACUACAGAUUGAGGGAGUUAAAAGAAUCAUUAAUAAAGUUAAUGCAGAAUUAUAUGAUAUAUUAAUGUGCAGACAGGUGAGCCAAGAGAUGUUCGAUUUUUUAUAUAUCAAUGAACCCUUGAUACCGACACUGAAAGGUCUGCCCAAGAUACAUAAACUAAUAGAACCACCACCUAUGAGACCUAUUGUCUCGGGCAGACGAUGGGCCACAUAUAAUAUCUCCAUAUUUAUAGAGAAGAUGUUAAGGCCAUUAGUAGACGAUACACAACAUAUUUUGAAAGACACUCAACAUCUACUGAGAGACCUAGAAUCUUAUGAUGACACAGAAAAGAAGAAUGCAAAACUGUUACUAGUCACCUUGGAUGUUCGUGACCUGUUCACCUGUAUUCCGAAUGAUUACGGAACACAGGCAAUAAGAGAACUGCUGGUAAAAAACAGCAAUUACACAAGGAAUAGACAAAUAUUAAUAUGUCAGCUACUUGAUUUAGUAUUAGAAUGCAAUGUCUUUAUAUUCCAUAAGAGAUAUUACUUGCAAACAUGGGGUGUCGCGAUGGGCACCCCAUGUGCUAAUUCGUACGCAAAUUUGGUACUGAAUUACUGGGAGCAGGAGCACAUCUUUAACAGUAGAUGGAUGACACAUAUACGGACAUAUAAAAGAUUUGUAGAUGAUGUACUUUUGGCCUGGGAUGGCACAAUUGAAGAACUAAAUAAUUUUGUUACAUACAUAGAAGGAACAACAUCUUUCCUAAAAUUUACAUGUGAACACUCAUAUAAGGAAGUUAAUUUUUUGGAUUUAACUUUGUAUUAUGACAGCAACGAUAGAUUGUCCCAUAAAUUGUUUAGGAAAACUUGCUGGAGGAAUACUCUUUUAGAAUAUAACAGCAUGCAUCCAAGAUACAUGUUUGCAGGCAUAGUGAAAGGUCAAUUUUCAAGGCUAACUAGACUCUGUAAGGAUACAGAAACAUUGUCAAUAGAAGCCAAUAACUUGGAGAAAUUAUUUAUAGAGAGAGGAUACAAAAGGAAGCUAGUGAGAGAUAUUAAGAACUGUGUUAUACCAACAGUGAAUGAACAUACCACUAUAAGAACAAGCAGCACUAGAGAAAAUGGAUAUAAUGACCGACAAUGUUCCAGUUUCUAUAAACAGAAACACACAGUUAAUUUCACCUUAAAGUAUACAAAUGACAUACAGGAAAUCAAGAACAUCAUUUAUAAACACUGGAAUAUUUUAGGGAUCAAAGAAGAAACAAGGAAAGUGGUAGGGGAAAAACCGAAUUUUGUAUUCAAGACAUGUGACAAUCUAAAAACUAUUUUUGCAUACAAUUCCAAUGAAAUUAUCCGUACCCAAAAUAGAGUAGUCAACCCAAUAGGAACAUUUCCAUGCAAGAAAUGUAGCAUGUGUCAGCAUAUAAACUCUGAACAAGAGUUUUACCAUCCGUAUGGGCACUGUCAUUUUAAACCCAAAGAUAACUAUAACUGUGACUCUAUGAAUUUAAUCUACAUGGCCAACUGUGACACAUGCUCAGCUUUCUAUGUUGGCCUUACGAAGAGGAGAUUAAGAGAGCGCAUAUACAACCAUGUAUAUGACAUACGCAAGAGAAAUGAAUUGAAUGCUCUAGCAAAGCACACUAUUUUACAUCCUGCACAUACAUUUAAAUUUAGGGUUUUACAAACCAUUAAUUGUAGUCCGAGACUGGGAGACAAUGAGAGAGUCCUAGCGAUACUGGAAAUGGAAUGGAUUUUUAACACUGGAGCACAUAGAACACCAGGCAUUAACAACUAUGAAAGAUUUACACAGGAUACCCAACCACAUUACAUUUACUCUCCACGUGAAAUGACACGUUGGGUGAGGGGCAUCUUUGAGGCAUUGAGGCCACUAGAAAGCUUGCCAGUAGAAGGGUUGAUCAGAAUAUGGGCCCAUGAAGCCCUUCGUCUCUUCCAAGACAGGCUUGUGGAAGAUGAGGAGCGACGUUGGACAGAUGAAAACAUUGAUAUGGUGGCUUUGAAGCAUUUCCCUAAUGUUGACAAAGACAAAGGUUUAUGCAGACCUAUUUUGUACAGUAACUGGCUUUCAAAGGAUUAUGUGCCAGUAGAUCAGGAAGAGUUGAGAGAUUAUGUCAAAGCCAGGCUAAAAGUCUUCUAUGAAGAGGAACUGGAUGUUCCAUUGGUGCUUUUCAAUGAAGUUUUGGAUCACGUUUUGAGAAUUGAUCGUAUUUUCCGCCAGCCACAAGGUCAUUUGCUGCUGAUUGGAGUUAGUGGUGCUGGAAAAACAACUUUGUCUCGCUUUGUUGCUUGGAUGAAUGGACUGAGUGUUUAUCAGAUAAAGGUGCACCGAAAAUACACUGGUGAAGACUUUGAUGAGGACUUAAGGACAGUCCUUAGACGUUCUGGCUGUAAGAAUGAGAAGAUAGCCUUCAUAAUGGAUGAAUCCAAUGUUUUAGAUUCAGGAUUUCUGGAACGUAUGAACACACUACUAGCCAAUGGAGAGGUUCCAGGUUUGUUUGAAGGAGAUGAGUACUCAACCUUGAUGACACAGUGCAAAGAAGGAGCACAGAAAGAAGGUUUGAUGUUGGAUUCCCAUGAAGAGCUUUACAAAUGGUUCACAAGUCAAGUAAUUCGCAAUUUGCAUGUUGUGUUCACAAUGAAUCCAUCGUCUGAAGGCUUGAAAGACAGAGCAGCUACAUCCCCAGCUCUUUUUAACAGGUGUGUGCUUAAUUGGUUUGGUGAUUGGUCUACUGAGGCCCUUUACCAGGUUGGGAAAGAGUUUACCUGUAAAAUGGACCUUGAAAAGCCUAAUUACAUUGUGCCAGACUACAUGCCAAUUGUUUAUGACAAGCUUCCACAACCUCCAUCACACAGAGAGGCUAUUGUCAAUAGUUGUGUGUUUGUUCAUCAGACCCUACAUCAGGCAAACAGUCGUUUGGCAAAACGAGGAGGAAGAACCAUGGCAAUUACUCCACGUCAUUACUUGGACUUCAUCAAUCAUUAUGCCAACCUUUUUAAUGAAAAACGCAGUGAACUGGAGGAACAGCAGAUGCAUUUGAAUGUUGGUCUGCGGAAGAUCAAGGAAACUGUUGAUCAGGUUGAAGAACUGCGACGUGACCUGAGGAUAAAGAGCCAGGAGCUUGAAGUAAAGAAUGCAGCUGCCAAUGACAAGCUGAAAAAGAUGGUCAAAGACCAGCAAGAGACUGAAAAGAAAAGGGUUAUGAGCCAAGAAAUUCGAGAACAGCUAAGUAAGCAGCAGCAAGUCAUCGGGGAUAAGAGCUUGUCUGUGCAAGAAGAUCUUGAUAAAGUAGAACCUGCUGUAAUUGAAGCACAGAAUGCUGUUAAGUCUAUAAAGAAGCAACACCUGGUGGAGGUCCGUUCCAUGGCCAAUCCACCAGCAGCAGUGAAGCUUGCACUGGAAUCCAUCUGUCUGCUUUUGGGUGAAAGUACGACUGACUGGAAACAGAUUCGAUCCAUCAUUAUGAGGGAGAACUUCAUCCCCACCAUUGUUAACUUUUCUGCUGAAGAGAUCAGUGAUGCUAUCAGAGAGAAGAUGAAGAAGAACUACUUAUCUAAUCCAAGUUACAACUAUGAAUUAGUAAACCGUGCCUCAUUGGCUUGUGGCCCUAUGGUGAAGUGGGCCAUUGCACAGCUGAACUAUGCUGACAUGUUGAAACGAGUAGAACCAUUGAGGAAUGAGCUAAGGAAAUUGCAGGAUGAUCUCAAAGAAAAUGAGCAGAAGGCUAAUGAAGUAGAGCAGAUGAUUCGAGAUUUGGAGGCCAGUAUUGCUCGAUAUAAGGAAGAAUAUGCUGUGCUCAUUUCAGAAGCUCAAGCUAUUAAGGCAGAUCUUGCUGCAGUGGAAGCCAAGGUAAACCGUAGCACAGCAUUACUGAAAAGCUUGUCUGCUGAGCGUGAGAGAUGGGAACAAACAAGUGAAACAUUCAAGAAUCAGAUGUCUACUAUUGCUGGUGACUGCCUGCUUUCUUCAGCUUUCAUUGCAUAUGCAGGUUAUUUUGAUCAGCAGAUGCGUCAGAACCUGUUUACUACAUGGUCCCACCAUCUACAGCAAGCCAACAUUCAGUUCCGCACAGAUAUUGCACGGACAGAAUACCUUUCUAAUGCUGAUGAACGCCUGCGUUGGCAAGCAAGCUCGCUGCCUGCUGAUGAUCUCUGCACAGAAAAUGCUAUCAUGCUGAAACGUUUCAAUAGAUAUCCACUGAUUAUUGAUCCAUCUGGCCAGGCUACAGAAUUUAUCAUGAAUGAGUACAAGGAUCGUAAAAUUACUAGAACAAGUUUCCUUGAUGAUGCAUUCAGAAAGAAUUUGGAAAGUGCUCUCAGAUUUGGUAACCCCUUGCUGGUACAGGAUGUAGAGAGCUAUGAUCCAAUUUUGAAUCCAGUACUAAACAGAGAAGUUCGUAGGACUGGAGGCAGAGUCCUUAUUACACUUGGUGAUCAAGAUAUUGACUUGUCACCAUCAUUUGUCAUCUUUCUUUCUACUCGAGAUCCAACGGUCGAAUUUCCACCAGAUCUGUGCUCUCGAGUGACAUUUGUAAACUUCACAGUAACACGUAGUAGCUUGCAGAGCCAGUGUCUGAAUGAAGUCCUGAAGGCUGAAAGACCUGAUGUUGAUGAAAAACGUUCUGACCUUCUGAAAUUGCAGGGUGAAUUCCAGUUGCGCUUGAGGCAGUUGGAAAAGUCACUACUGCAAGCUCUUAAUGAAGUGAAGGGACGCAUUUUGGAUGAUGAUACAAUUAUUACCACUUUGGAGAACCUCAAGAAGGAAGCUGCAGAUGUCACAAGGAAAGUAGAAGAGACUGACCUCAUUAUGCAAGAAGUAGAGACAGUCUCUCAUCAGUAUUUGCCAUUGUCUUCAGCCUGCAGCAGCAUUUACUUCACCAUGGAAGCACUAAAUCAGAUCCACUUUUUGUAUCAGUAUUCUCUCCAGUUUUUCUUGGAUAUUUAUCACAAUGCACUGUAUGAAAAUUCGCAUCUGAAAGGAAUUACUGAUCACACACAACGCCUGUCUCUAAUCACAAAGGAUCUCUUCCAGAUUGCAUUCAACAGAGUAGCUCGUGGUAUGAUGCAUCAGGAUCAUGUCACAUUUGCCAUGCUGCUGGCUAGAAUAAAGCUCAAAGGAAUGACAAGUGAGCCAGUGUAUGAUGCAGAGUUCCAGCAUUUUCUCAGAGGAAAGGAGCUGGUGAUGAGUGGUGUUACAACACCAAAGAUAAAAGGUGUAACAUCCGAACAAGCGGAAGCCAUGAUUAGACUGAGCAGUCUGCCUGCAUUUAAAGACUUGGUUUCUAAAGUCCAAGAAGAUGAUCAAUUUUGCAUUUGGUUAGAGAGUAGUUCACCAGAGCAGACUGUGCCCUAUCUGUGGAGUGACGAUAAGACUCCAACUCCAAUUGGACAAGCAAUUUAUCGUUUACUACUAAUCCAAGCAUUCCGCCCAGAUCGCCUGAUAGCGACAGCAUAUCUGUUUAUAUCCACAGUUUUGGGAGAUACUUUCUUGUCUGCUAUUGAUCAGCCAUUAGAUUUGGCAUGUAUUGUAGAUACUGAGGUAAAACCAAGUACUCCUAUACUCAUGUGCUCUGUACCAGGAUAUGAUGCUAGUGGACGUGUUGAGGAUCUGGCAACUGAACAGAAUUCACAGAUUACAUCUAUAGCAAUUGGUUCUGCUGAAGGUUUUAACCAAGCAGAUAAAGCCAUCAACACAGCAGUUAAGUCUGGAAGGUGGGUUAUGUUGAAGAAUGUUCACUUAGCUCCUGGGUGGCUGAUGCAGUUAGAGAAAAAGCUACAUUCAAUGCAGCCUCAUUCUUCCUUCCGCCUCUUUCUUACAAUGGAGAUUAACCCAAAGGUUCCAGUAAAUUUGUUGAGAGCUGGACGAAUCUUUGUCUUUGAACCUCCACCUGGUGUAAAGGCCAACAUGCUAAGAACAUUCAGCAGCAUUCCAGUUUCCAGAAUAUGUAAAUCUCCAAAUGAACGUGCUCGUCUUUACUUCCUGCUUGCAUGGUUCCACGCUAUUAUUCAAGAGCGUCUAAGGUAUGCUCCUCUGGGUUGGUCCAAGAAGUAUGAAUUUGGCGAGUCUGAUCUGCGGUCUGCAUGUGACACAGUAGAUACCUGGCUGGAUGAUACCUCAAAGGGUCGACAGAAUAUUUCUCCUGAUAAAAUUCCAUGGUCAGCUCUGAAGACACUGAUGGCACAAUCUAUUUAUGGUGGUCGUAUUGAUAAUGAGUUUGACCAGCGUUUGCUGAACACCUUCCUUGAGCGUCUGUUUACAACUUUAAGCUUUGAUAGUGAAUUUAAACUGGCCCACAAAGUUGAAGGGCACAAGGACAUACAGAUGCCAGAUGGUAUUAGGCGUGAGGAAUUUGUACAGUGGGUUGAAACUCUUCCAGACGCACAGACUCCUUCUUGGCUUGGUCUUCCAAACAAUGCUGAAAAGGUUCUCCUAACUACUCAGGGCGGUGACAUGAUCAGUAAAAUGCUGAAAAUGCAGAUGCUGGAGGAUGAGGAUGACCUAGCUUAUGCAGAGGCAGAGAAGAAACGACGAAGCGAUUCUACCUCUGAUGGGCGCCCAGCAUGGAUGAGAACACUACAUACAACUGCCUGCAACUGGCUGCAUGUAAUCCCACAGAAUCUCAACCAUCUGAAACGCACUGUUGAAAACAUUAAGGAUCCCUUGUUCCGAUUCUUUGAGAGAGAAGUUAAAAUGGGAGCCAAAUUACUGCAGGACAUUCGUCAAGAUCUAGCUGAUGUUGUCCAUGUUUGCGAGGGCAAGAAGAAGCAGACCAACUACUUGCGUACACUAAUUAAUGAACUUGUGAAAGGUAUUCUGCCUCAUAGUUGGUCCCGGUACACUGUUCCUGCUGGUAUGACUGUUAUACAGUGGGUAUCUGAUUUCAGUGACCGAAUUAAACAACUGCAGAAUAUUUCACAGGCAGCUGCUGCUGGUGGUGCAAAAGAGCUCAAGAAUAUCCAUGUCUGGCUGGGUGGCCUUUUUGUACCUGAAGCAUACAUUACUGCAACCAGGCAGUAUGUUGCACAAGCUAACAGCUGGUCUUUAGAAGAGCUGGAUCUUGAAGUUAAUGUUACAGCUGCUCAAGCUGCGUCAUUGGAUGCAUGCAGCUUUGGAGUUGCAGGCUUGAGACUUCAAGGAGCUACCUGUAUUAACAACAAGCUGUCACUUUCUAAUGCAAUUUCUGUUGAAUUGCCCCUGACACAGCUUCAUUGGUUAAAACAAACCAAUGCUGAAAAGAAAGCCAAUGUUGUUACUCUGCCAGUUUAUUUGAAUUUCACACGUACUGACCUGAUCUUCACUGUCGAUUUUGAAAUUGCCACAAAGGAAGAUCCUCAUAGCUUCUACGAACGUGGAGUUGCCGUUCUUUGUACUGAAUAAGCCCACAUUGAAUCUGUGUUAGAGUUAAUACUGUAAACACAAGUCAAUAACAUUUUGUUUAGAAAUACUGAAGAUCAUCACUUGCAAUGAUGAUUAUGUGGAAAAGAAAUACUUUAGAAUGACUUAAUGUAUGUGGAAACAGUGGUUUAGUGUGAAUGUUAAAAUGAUGGCAGGUGGUUGGAACAGUUUAUCGUGUGAAGGUAAAGCUUGGUGAAGAGUUGAAAGGAAAAUCUGAAGUUGUAACACAAAAUAGGAUUUGGUAUAUUAAAAACAUUACAGCUACACAA